AUGGAUUUGGAACCUGGUAGAUAUUACUACAAAGAUUUAUAUGAGGAGAUAAAAGAUUAUAGUACUACUCAGGCACUUUUUAUAAAAUUACAUGAGGCGUUUAUCCCAAAUGAAGUUAUUACUGAAAAAGAAUAUUAUCGGAGAUUACUUCUGGUUAAAUAUCCUGAUUUAUCAACAAAUGUUUUGAAGCGUCUUGUUAAUAUUUAUAAAGAAAAUAACAAUAAGAGAAAAAGAAGACAGUGCGAUCUCGAACUGAGAAAAAGAAGACAGCAUGAUCUCGAAGUGAGAAAAUUUUAUUCUAAACUCCAUACUUCAAGCAAGUAUGAAAAAAUUAAACAAUCCGAAAUUUAUCAUAGAGUUAAGUAUAUUCAUAAAGAAUAUUUAAAAGAUUGGUAUAAUAAAUAUAAGAAUGAAUAUAAAUUAUUUUUAAAAAAGGCUGAAGCCAACAACUUGAAGUUUUUACAUGUUUAG